UCGAAUACAUUCUAUUCAGAUCGAUCUAGGAUACAGCUCUAGAACAGAGGUUGGGCUUCCUGUGGUGGUUUUGGGGUCAUGUUGUGACGCGGUUCAGUGACAAUAUUGUGUAGUUGGUCGAUGUCUUUAGUUCAUGGCCUCUUUUUACCAAUGUGAAAAUAACAAAGAAUUUUUAAUUUAAUCUCGAAUUUUAAACGUCAGAAGCGAUGCGUACAUGCUUACCUUAAAUUGGAAUUGUGCUAUUUAUUUAAUUUGCAUUUCAUGUUUACACAACCUUAAAAUAUGGCACUCACAUUGGAUCAAUUUCUCCAGAACAUCGGCAGUCUUGGAUGUUACCAAGCUAAACUCCUGACAAUGCUAGGUUAUAUUCUAGUAUUUAAUGUUGCCUAUCCAUUCUUAGUUGUAACAUUUUUAAUAAUUGAACCUCCUUGGAAGUGUGCUACAAACAGUACUAAAUGUACGUUAACUGGUGAAUAUAAACCAGGGAAUGAAUACUAUGAUUUUCGAUGCAGCAUUCCACGGAGCGAGUGGUAUUUCAGUGGAGAGAGAACGAGUGUCAUUACUGAGUUUGAGUUGGUCUGUGACAAAUCCUACUUAAAUUUAGUUUCCCCAAGUCUGUUUUUCUUUGGUACUUUGGUUUCUGACUUCUGUUGUGGAAUACUGUCGGACAAGUUUGGUCGUAAGCCUAUCAUGAUUGUUUUUGGUACUGCAGGGUCUCUAUUUGCACUUUUUGCUGCUCUGUCACCUGCGUUUUGGAUGUAUUCCAUCUGCAGAUUUUUUGUAGGCUUUUGCUAUGCUGCUACAUUUAUUCCAAUGUAUACUCUUUGCACUGAGUUUGUGGGUGUCGAUCGUCGCCAUGUGUCGGGGACAGUCAUCUGGAUGAGCUGGGCAUUCACAGUCAUGAUGUUGAGUGGAAUUGCUUAUUUUUUUCAUGACUUCAGGAGUGUUACUCUUGCUGGAGCUGUUCCUGGUUUUCUCAUACUAGUAAUGUGGUGUUUUAUUCCAGAAUCAAUAAGGUAUCUUCUUAUAAAUGACAAGACAGAAAGAGCUUAUGAAACCCUGCGGCAUAUAGCAAAGACAAAUAAACGUGAAUAUCCAAAUGAACUACUGGAUUUAUCUUUCAUGACCAAAGAUCAGAAGAAGGGAAAUAUCAGAGACCUCUUCAGAACCAGAAAGAUGUUACACAUCACUGUUGUGCUUUUCACUGUUUUAUUAAUAGCUACUAUGGUCUACCUUGCUGUGACCAUAAGUUCUCCUACCCUUGGUGGUAACAUGUAUCUAAAUGUUUUCCUCUUUGGUGCUAUUGAAAUUCCUGCAAAUUUCCUUGCAAUGUGGCUUAUAAGAAAGUAUGGUAGACGAAAUUCUAUUGCAGGAAGUCUAAUAGUAGCUGGACUUGGAGGUUUUCUUGUUGUUCUUUUUACAACAUAUGAUCCAGGAAACCACAUAGGUUACACAGUAGGACGUAUUGGAGUUUCUUUAAUUUCCAAGAUGGCCAUUGUUAUAUCUUACAUAACAUUGGUGAUGUUUGCUGCUGAAUGUUACCCUUCUGUCAUCAGGAGUACGGGUUUUGCUGUUACAAAUGCUGGUGUUGAUACAGGUGGACUAAUUUCUCCAUUUGUUGUUAAGCUGGAUCGUUACCAUCCUCUGUUACCAUAUGGAGUCAUAGGAGGAAGCUCUUUGUUAGCAGGGAUAUUGUGUUUAACAUUGAAGGAGACCGGUAACAAACCCACUAGGGAAACCUUGAAUGAUGAUAUAACAAUGGAACUGGUGUCCAAAGACCAAAAAACUGAAGGUUAUGAAGAUGAUGGCCCGCUGGACAAGAAACAAGUCAUUAGCAAUCAUUCAACUGCAUGAGUAAAGAAUGAAAUGAUCGACUUGCACAUGGGAAGGUUUUUUUAAUUCAAACAUUAACAAUUAUUAUUAUUUUUAAGGAUUAAAUGAAUUUGAUAGGCUGACAAUUCUUAUGAUAUUUAAACAUUAAUUUUAAUAUUUUACAUCUAUAUGAAAUAAAUAAUCAUGAGGAACAACUUAAAUUUGAGAAAUUAUUUUUAUUAAUUCAAUCAAUGUAAAACAACAACUAUUUAAUGGCAGGUAGCUAGUUAACACAAAUUGUUUUUGUUUUGUAAAUAGAUGAAGUAAAGUAAAUAAAUAAAAUACAAUACUUUAUUAUUAAUUCUCCCCAUUGGGCUUUUCAGAAUUAAUUUAUAAUAAUGAAAAUAAUGAAAUAAAUAAAAUAUUUACAGCUAUUGGAACUAAUAAUCAUAAGUAAAUAAAAAUUUAAGAGAAGAUAAAGUAAAAAUAAAAUGAGGGACAAUAAAGUUUGAAAAAAAAACCCGUUGUCAAAUUGUAUAUAUUGGAUGUUGCCUAUGUGAUUGUGUUUAACGUCGCCCAUAAAGUAUCAUGUAGCAAAAUAUCUCUUCAACACUGGGUUCUACUCUACCAUGCCCUAAGACUCAACAUU